UAAGGAUGCCGUAGACCAUAGAAAAUCACGCCUUAUUGAAUCUUUGUUCUUCGGAUCUCAUCGGAUUAAUCUGGUUAGUGUUUGCAUCGAUUCAUAAACUAUUUUAUUCAUCGCAAGCGUUGAUUAGAUGACUAAUCUCGUCUUAAAGGUUUUAUUAAGAUUCUUGUUUGGAGUUUAGGGUUUGCAUACAACAACAAAAAUGAUGGAUAGAUUCAAAGGUGUAGCAGACGAUAUUAUUUGCCACAUCCUGUCUUUCCUUCCCAUAGAAGAGGCUGCUUUAACAUCUCUCCUCUCAAAGCGUUGGCGUAAUCUGUUUGCCUUCAGACAAAAUCUUCAUUUAGACGAUCACGGAGCGGUCGAUGGAGGAAGAGACAGUUUCAUCGAUUUUGUGGAUAAUGUAUUGUCUGUGUCAGGCAGUUUCCCAAUGAGGAACAUCUGUAUAAAAUGUCGAAACUGCAUCAAUGCUGAGACGGGUCCUGUCACCCGCUGGAUGACCGACGCGGUGAGACACAGUGUGGUGAACCUUGAUAUAGACGUAAUCGCUGCUGGAGAUGUGAGCUUGGUGCCUCUAGAGAUCUUCACUUGCAGGACAUUGGCCGCAACGUGUAUUGCGUUUUGUUCUUGGCGUGAAGAAGUUCCAGUGUUCAUCAACCUGUCCCUCUUAAUUAUUACAAUUGAUUUCCCAAGCUACAACUGGGAGUUACUGCCACUACUUUUGAACAAGUCUCCAAAUUUACAGACUCUUGUCAUCAAUGGUCUAAUGCGCGUUGAUAAUGCUGAACGAGAGUAUGGGUUUUCACCUGUGAGAGUACUGAAGAUAACUGAGUAUGGAGGAGAAGUUGAAGAGCGUGAGCAAAUGAAGCUCUUCCUAGAGAAACUGACAUGUCUUGAGCUUGUCAAAGUUCGUGUUUAUGCAAUAACCGACGAGGAAAAGUCUAGUAUCACCAGUGAUCUACUAAUGCUUCCUAGGCCGUCCAUGUGCAAGCUCCAGAUCAUGUUUUGUGAGAAAUCAAGAUCCAAACUGAAUAGGGGGAGGAGACUAUUAAGUUAAUGAAUGAAGUUAUUUAAACUCCGAUAAGUUUGGUUUUUGUGCACAAUUGCUCUUUUUCUAGUGUAUGUGCGAUAGUUGGGCCUUCUGCUUGCCUUUAUUUCUCUUGCAAGUCUAUCUCUGGAGAGUUAGUCUAUAUGCAUUUUUCUUUUCCUAUAUGAUAUUUUUGUUCAAUAGGUGUAGAUGAUCACGGUGGGUCAGGUUUGGAGACCAUAAUUUUCAGAUUUUCCUUCAAGCAAAAAUAUCCUUGCGUGGAGGAUUUCUGUCUUGCUGUCGGCGGUUUCAUCUGUCGGGUUUCUUGGUUGACCAAUGCUUUGAUCCUUUGGGUUAGUCUGUAUUAGAAUGGGUGAACCGUAGUUAUUAGGUUUGAGGGCGUUUAUUGAUACUGGCUCUUUUCUUCAACCGUUUCGGUCCGUUUGGUCUCAGCAUGUUCCAUUGCUUAUCUGGUUAUUAGGCUAGCUUUUCUGCCUGUUUUCACUUUUUUGUAACUUUCCGUUCUUGUUGUUUAGUUUUAAUUUUUUAUUUUGCAAUU